AGAGAGGUGAGAAACCAAGGUAUCAAGACGACAGCUGCCUGUGAAGCCAUGGCCUCCAGUCUUCCUCUCCUCCUGCUGCUCCUGUGCAGUCUGACUGUGGCUGAAGCCCAGCUCAGGUUGUUCAACCUGCAGGCAAGUGGUCUUCCCUCUGACAUCUUUGGAAUCACAGACGGCUACGUCAAGGCAUUCUGUGGCUCUGCCUCUCUGGGUGUGACAUCCAUUCGUGACAACGAUCCCAACCCCUGGUGGGAGGAGGAGUUCUCCUACCCCAAGGCCCAGCAGAACGACAUACUGAGGCUGGAGGUUCACGAUGAGGACUUGAUCUUCGAUGACCUGCUGGGAGUCUGCCAGCUUUCGAUCAAACCAGGAACCCAUGAGCACGACUGCAACUUGGAGAAAGGUGGCACCCUCUAUUUCGCCUACAGCCUCAACUGAGACAAUCAUCGAGCAGAUACAGUGUACAGAUCAGAACAAGUCCCACUGAAUCAUUGGGUAUUUUAUACCUUGAAAAUGAACAAUAAACUGUUCUGAAAGAA